AUGAACAUUAAACAAACCUUUGUUAUGAUUAAACCCGAAGGAAUACAAAGACAUCUUGUUGGACAGAUAAUAAAAAGGUUUGAACGCAAAGGUUUAAAACUUGUCAAUAUAAAGUCUUUAAUUCCUGAUAAAACUUUAGUUAAAGAACACUAUGGACAUUUGAGCCACAAGCCUUUUUUUAAUGAAAUGGUAGAUCAUCUGUGUAGUGGCAUGGUCAUUUGUAUGAUUUGGGAAGGGAUUGAUUCUAUUGAUGUAUGCAGACGUAUAAUUGGUCUUACUAAUCCAUUAGAGGCUGCUAUGGGAUCAAUAAGAGCAGAUUUUGCAGCAGAUAUUAAUGCAAAUGUUAUACACGGAAGUGAUACUGAGGAAAGUGCUAAAAAAGAAAUAGCUUUAUGGUUUAAAUAA